AUGCACGCCGCCUCUAUUCUCGUCGUUGCCCUCUCGGCCGUCGCCAUGGCUGCCGACAAGCCCAAGCGCGAUUGCAGACGCGACAGAUCCCACCCCGGCCGCGGCUGGUACUGGAUUGUCGAGGGCGACACCCUCAACGAGAUCGCUGCCGACUUCGGUUCCACCGCCAACAUCAUCGCCGCCAUGAACGGCAUCCCCAACCCCGACUCCAUCCCGGCCUGGAAGACCAUCGUUGUCCCUUGCCCUCCUUAG